CUUUGACACACAGGCGCUGCUCGCAGGAGGAGGAGCUGGUGGAGGCAUCCGUUUCAGAGGUUGAGUUUACAGCGGAACAGCUCUGGUGCAGAAGACAAAGCUGAGCUGGUCUCCUUUUUGGAGCCAUUAAAGAGCCAAUGUAGUCAAGUGACAGAGUUGCCCAACCAGUUUAGUGAAAACUAUGCAGUUUUACUGUACAAUGUGCUGGUUUUAGUCAGUGUGGAGGCCUCUUUCUGGACCCUACCUGCAGUGUUUGCACAAAUAACAUUCUAGUAUGUGGUAAUCAAAAAAAGUCCACUAAAAUACAUGUUUGGCUUUUUCUUCUGUCUGCUAUUUCUGGUCCUGUAAGUGAAAGAAGAUGGGGUCUGGCUGCCUAAAAGUCACCAAGUACUUCCUCUUCCUCUUCAAUCUCCUGUUUCUUAUCCUGGGUGCUGUGAUCCUGGGUUUUGGAAUAUGGAUUCUGGCCGACAAAACCAGUUUCAUUGCAGUUAUACAGAUGUCAUCUCCCUCCCUGAAGACUGGUGCAUACAUCCUCAUCGGUGUUGGGGCUCUCACCAUGCUGAUGGGGUUCCUGGGCUGUCUUGGAGCAGUCAAUGAAAUCCGAUGUCUCUUGGGUCUGUACUUCACCUGCCUGAUGGUAAUCCUCAUAACUCAGGUUGGUGCUGGACUGGUCAUCUACUUCCAGAAAGAAAUGCUGAAAGAAGAGUUGUCCCACAUAGCUGAAAAUCUGAUUAAAAAUUAUGACCCUUUGGAUGAUGAUAGGAGGAACUCACAAGAUGCAUGGGACUAUGUGCAAACACAGAUUGCCUGCUGUGGCUGGACUGGAGCAAAGGACUGGGAAAGAAAUGAGAUUCUUAUCAACCAAAGCAUGACUGCAUAUCCCUGCUCCUGCUCCAAUAGCUCCAGGGAAUUUGAGGUACAUAACGGUUUCUGUAAUCUGGAUGACCCUCUCAAUGGCACUGCAACGUACGCUGACUGGCCUGUUCACAAGCAGGGAUGCAUGGAUGGUGCAGAGAAGUGGUUGAAGGACAACCUUGGUAUCAUUCUUGGGGUUUGCACUGGUGUUGCUGUUAUAGAGCUGCUGGGGAUGAUACUGUCCAUUUCACUCUGCAAGAACAUACACAGUGAAGACUACACCAAAGUGCCCAAGUCUUGAGUUGGCUGACUCCAGAGCUACGGCAACAGAGAAAGGAGCAAACAGAACAUUCCUGCCUCUUACCCAGACUGUCCAACCAUUGACCAUUAUUCCUGUGACAUCCCAUUUCUGAUACCACUCUGCUAAGAACUGUUAGAGCUGCAAUACAGCCUGAUCAUCUGGCAAUAGGGCCCUUGGGCCACCUGCA